AAAUUGGGACUAAAAACCCAAAGGAAAAUUCGUCUGCUAGUGAGUUAGAGGCUGUUGCCAAGCCAAGCGCUCUCUUUCGCCAACUCCCACCGACUGGGAGCAAAACAAGUCGAGUGUGCUGCUCAUUUUCGAUCACCAGUCAUCAUCAUCAAACAAAUCCUUUCGCACCUCCAUAAAAAUAAUCUGUGUUGUAAAUAAAUUACUUCAAACAAAUAAUUAGGACAAAUCUUGGUCAGUGAACCAGUGAGUAAAUCCGUUGAUUGUUCGUUCCAACUGGAGAGUCUUGAUUUCAAUCUUUCUUGGUGGUUAUAAUAAUUAAAAAAACAAGUCUUUUGCACAAACUUUUUAACAGUCUUAAGUUAAGACUCUUAACUUAAAUUAUUGGAAUUUCAUCAAAUACCUUUAUCGAAACAUGAUUCCCAUGUAGACCAUUUUGAAAUAAUUGGAAUGUGAGCAACAAUGUUGGAAGUAGGCGUAAGAGUUGUUCGAGGUCCUCACUGGAAAUGGGGAAAUCAAGAUGGCGGAGAAGGUCAUGUGGGGACCGUAGUCGAAGUAGGACGCCCUUCUUCGUCUUCGUCGCCCGACAAAACGGUCGUGGUGCAGUGGGAUAUGGGUUCCAGAACAAAUUAUAGGACAGGAUACCAAGACGCGUAUGAUCUUAGACUCUUCGACAAUGCCCCUGCUGGGGUUGCUGGUGUUCGACAUCCCAACGUAAUUUGUGAUGGGUGUAAGGAACAUGGGAUUAGUGGAAUGUUGUGGAAGUGUACUAUAUGCUUUGACUUUGAUCUUUGUACAAUGUGUUACAUGAACGAUACUCACGACCUAACACAUAUUUUCCGACGUUACGAUUCAGCCUCUUCCGCAGGAGUUGAAGUACCACCACGGCACGAGAGUCCAAAGGUUACCUCGAAGGGUAUAUUUCCAGCUUCAAAAGUUCAACGUGGCCCAGAUUGGGACUGGGGGAACCAAGAUGGGGGAGAAGGUAAAGUUGGAAGGGUCGUUGAUAUUCGAGGCUGGGAUUCGGAAAGUGGGCGCUCUGUAGCAAAUGUGAUUUGGAGUUCUGGGAGCACUAAUGUGUACAGAUUGGGUCAUAAAGGAAAAGUAGAUUUGAAAGCUAUCCAAGCCUCGUCUGCUGGAUCGUACUAUGUAAAUCAUCUUCCGAUUUUAGGAAUGCCAUCUUCGACAAUAAAUAGAAAUAGUUCGUCUGGAUCUUCUAAUAAACCAAUGUCUAGUAAAAAUUCAUUGAAUUUCAACGUUGGAGAUAAAGUUCAGGUUGUCCAAGACAUUCAAACAUUAAAAGACCUUCAGGAAAAUCACGGAGGGUAUAAUCCACGGAUGGCAGAGUUUAUUGGGAAGGUAGGAUCUGUUCAUAGGGUGACCGACAAAAACGACAUCAGAGUACAAUAUGAAUCUGGAAUAAGGUGGACAUUUAAUCCAGUCGUUGUAACUAAAAUCACAAUUUACUCGGUCGGCGAUCUUGUUCAAGUUAUUCCAGAUGUUAACAAGUUAAAAGAAUUGCAAAAAGGUCAUGGCGAGUGGGUGGAUGUCAUGAAAGAGAUAUUGGGGAAAACGGGGACUGUCGUCAAAGUUUACACUGAUAAUGACUUGCGUAUUAAUUUUACUUCUUCUGUGUGGACUAUGAACCCCCUUACUGUGAAGUUGGUUAGAUCUAAAGUACCCGAAACAAACAAUUCAAUGUAUGCCAAUGCACAUCAACGUGAGGAAAAUUACGGUCAAGAUCCUAUGUCAUCGAUGCUACCUCUUUUGGACGAGCUAUGUGCAGAACCAUCGUCUGUUAGUAUAGAGCGUCUCAUACGUGACGCAGCGCAGGGUCGAGUGGAUGCAGUCAAAAGAAUGAUUCCAAAAAUAAAGGAUGGAAUAAAUAACAAAAGCGGAGGUAAAACAGCGCUCCAAGUUGCAUCCCACCAGGGUCACCAGGAAAUUGUGAUCAUUUUAAUAGCAGCGGGUGCCAAUCUUGAAAUUACAGAUGAAGAUGGUGACACAGCUCUCCAUUACUCCUCAUUCGGAAACCAACCGAUCGUAAUGGAUACACUGUUGAAAGCUGGAGCGUUAGUAAAUUCGGUCAAUAAAGGCCAGUGCACAGCAUUACACGUGGCAGUGAACAAGCAAUUUUUGGAUUGUGUGAAGACUUUGCUCAAGUAUAAAUGUAACGUAAAUAUUCAGGACAACUACGGUGACUGUCCACUGCACGAUGCAAUCGGGAAGGAUAAUCGAGACAUUAUUAACUGCUUCAUGAAUACUCCUGGAACAGAUUUUACCCUGAAAAAUAGUCGAGGAUUCAAUGGGCUACAUUUUGCAGCACUCAAAGGCAAUCAUUAUGCGGUGGGUAAAUUGGUGAGCAGAGCGCGACAAUUAGUGGAUGUGAAAAAAGAUGACGGGUUCUGCGCGUUGCAUCUGGCGGCGCUCAAUGGGCAUUUUUUGGUUGUUGAAGCUCUUAUACAGGAAGGACAAGCUGAAAUUGACAUACGGAACAAUCGAAAACAAACAGCUUUAACACUUGCCGCUGCUCAAGGGCAUUGUGGACUUGUAGAAUUAUUGGUUUCAAAAGGUUGUUCUGUAUCUCCUGAAGACGAAGAUGCAGCUACUCCGUUGCACGCUGUCUUGACCAAACAUUUUGACACGCAACAAGGACACAAUAGUGGACACCACCCACAACCUAUUAUUGGCAGUGAACUAAGGAAACACGAUAAUGCUCCCAUCAUAGCAGAGAUUUUUGCCAAAUUAGUAUCUUGUGGCUGGUCAUCUACGGAAGACGAAACAGGGGCGGCGGCACUUAGUUGUUUCCUCGUUAAUGCGGGGGCAGAUAUCUAUAAGAAAAACAGACGUGGAGUUGCGCCGUAUGAUCUCAUUCGUUCUGACAAACUCAAGGAAAUGGUUGUAUAUUAUUCUACCAAAUCAAGGUUGGUCAAUCUACAAUUAAACGAUGGUGUGGAAAGAGUGGAACCCUCUUCAAGCGCCACCGGCAGUGUAGUCGGACCAAGUUAUGGAGCCUGUGCUAUGCCGACAACUUCAGGACUUCCGAACCCCUCUGCUAGUGUUAUCGAUUCAGAGUGUCGACUUUGUUCUGAAGUAACAUCUCUCGUCUUAUUCGAGCCAUGCGGACAUCGGAUUGUGUGUGAAGAAUGUUGUGUUCGAAUGAAGAAAUGUGUUAGUUGCCAACUUCCAAUUCAUCGCAAAAUGAAUCUACAUGGACCUAUAAGUGCUAGUAGUUCUAGAAAUAGUCUAAACACAAGUGCAGAAAGAUUGAAAUAUUUGGAGAACAAAUUUGCGGAAAUAGAGGAUAAAUUUUGUUGUCCAAUUUGUAUGGAGCGACAACGCAACGUGGCAUUUUUGUGCGGCCAUGGGAGUUGCUCCAACUGCGCUGACGUAUUGACUAAUUGUCACAUGUGUCGAACUCCUAUCAAGCAAAAAAUUAAUUUAUAUUAAUACUCGAGAAUUUACUAAUUUAAGAACCGUAAAUCAAACCAUUACUUACUCUUAUAGUUAUUUGUGCAAUAUCCAGCUUUCCAUUUGCCGUUUGUUCAUGAAUCGAGUCAAUCAAGAUGUACGAUUAUUAUUAUCAGCAACUCAUCCUAGUUUUUUUCAAUAUCUGAAUUUUUAAACCAUAAAACACACAACACAACGUAACGUAUCUAUACAACUUUUUUUUGGUAUUAUGCCAAGAAUGGAGUAGUGUUUCGUAUAUUUUAUACAUUAACUACUAAUUUAGUAUUAAUAAUCCGCAUUACUCUGACGAAUAAAUAUAGACGAUCAUUAUUUUAAUUUCCACCGUCAAGAUACAGUCACUAAUUUAUAAAACAUUGCAAGUACAACACAACCCACAACUUGGAGAUUUUGUCCCUUUAAUCAUUCUGUGACUCCGUAUUUACUAUACCUCGAGUAUUAAUUUAUUAAUAAAGUCGACAUCG